AUGCCCAAAAGGAAGGAUAUGCCUGCUGUUGCUACCACGAAACCAUCACCGGAUGCAUCAUCGCCGAUCUUCUUCUAUGGUCCUCACAACGUUCACGGCCAACUCAGUCAGAUGUACAUGAGCCCGUUUGAGAACACAGUUUUCACAUACGGCGUCAGCGAAACGAGGACAUAUUGCUGCGCUGAGCAGUAUUUUCAAUUCGCAAAAGCAUCCUUUGCAGGAGACACUAAAACAGGCAAAAGAAUCAUGGAAACGAAAGAUCCCUUCAAGCAGAAAAGGUUGGGAAAAGCUGUCCGCAACCUCGAUGUAGAGGCGUGGAAGCAAGUCCGCUACCAGGUCGUUUUGAAAGCAACCCUCCUCAAGUUCACGGUAUCCGAAAAUUCAGCUGCUCUUCGCGCAGUCCUAUUCGCCACCAAAAAUCGAGAAAUAGUUGAGGCGUCGCCGGAUCCGAUAUGGGGUUGUGGCCUGAAGCAGGCCCAAGCGGAGAAGUUCAAGGGCACGACAUGGCCUGGGAGAAGCUUGCUCGGCAAGGCGUUGAUGGAUAUUCGCGAACGGCUCGUGAAACAAAAGAGGUUGGAUCAGGCCGGGUUCGCUCCGUUCGGAGAGAUUGUGACGAAAGAAAAGGGCGAGAAGUCUCCAUGUUAUAACGGAGAUGAGGUGAAUAAGAACCCUAGGAACGCAGCAUCUUCAUCCGAAACUCAACAGCAGCCCUUUCACCUAGACGAUCUGUUCGACUACGAACCUUGUGCUAGUGGGGCGAUAGUAGGCGACGUAGAGCAGGAGGGUGGGGUGGACACAUCUAUGGGCGAUCACAACGUUCACAGACCCGUUGGUGCAAUCCAGGGCCAGACAUAUUCGCAUUUGAAUAGAGGACAAAAUGACGAGGGAUCACUCACACCAAUGGACAUUGAUCGAGUCCUGAGUAUACAGAACAUGAAACUGUGGGAUACACAGUGGCAAGUAGCCACCCCGGCUGCCAUGGCGACCAAUACAACACUGGAACCGGGAAUCCAGCCCCAUACAACAAAUGAUGCUCUAGAUCAGAAUCUCCUGCCCACAAAGGAACCGCCGAUGUACUUCGACAGCAAAGUCAACGGUUUCUUGAGCAACCAGAGCAUUAGCGAGUUCACCAACCAGGGUGUAGCAUACCAUUCAGUUGAGCAAUUUGUUCAAGCCAUGAAGGCCAAGUUAUAUGGACACAUGGACGCAUACGACAUGAUUAUGGAUGAGGCCGAUCCACUUGCGAUCGCGGAAAUCCACGUCUCACUCCCUGAAACUUCCUCUCAAUACAUUUGGGAGUAUAGCAAUAACGAAGGGUUCACUAUGCAGAAGGGAAUUCGCCUUAAGUUUGAACAUUCACAGCAAUCUAAAGCUCUCCAAGACCAACUUCUAACGACCAACGAUCGUGUGAUUGCUUAUCUAUCGGCUGAUAAUUACUGGGGUAUAGGUAUAGAAGCCAAGGGAUUGGGUGCACACACUGGAAAAUGGCCAGGUCAUAACAGGAUGGGCCUUAUGCUGAUGCAACAGCGGCAAGCCCUCAGAAACGAGCAGACGAAAGAAGUACAUACAGGAUAA